AAAAGGGCCCGGGCUCCUUUAAGACUGCGGCAAGUUUCAGCCUCUUCCCAAGACCCAGCGGGUCAGUUUCCCCAGGCGAAGUGGGGUGACCCGCAGCUGAGCGGAGCUGCCCCCCGGGAAGGAACCAGCCCCACCCGCCAGCACCUUGCGAGGGCCCCGCCCCCGCUGCAUCCUCCCACCUGGGGCUGCCUCCUGCCGCGGCUGGGAGGCGAGUUUCUCCCGAGCCGCCUCGCCACGCAGGGUCCCCCCUGGCCAGCGCGCACCGGGCACCUCCCCUGCCAUGGACUGAGCGCGCUGCCGUCUCCGCCGGGAGCUGGGACUGGCCCCUUCCCUGCUGGGGGGUUCACCCCCCCCUGCUCCCCGCUGGGGUUUUUUUAUGGGGCAGCAAGAGACUCGACCAUGUUAUCGGGCUCCAAAAACUCCUUUAAAAUCCAGCAGCACGAGCCGGGCCCUGCGCUGAGAGGUCCAAAGUCCUCUGCCAUGAACAGCAGGAGAAACAGGAACUGCCAGGCUUUCCCAUGUAUCCCAGGGGAACAUGUCCUGGAAGCGGCAGCUCACGUGAGGAAGAUCGUCCGCUCCAGGGAUGGCGAAGGAUCCGUCCUGGGCACACUGUACUGCACCAACCUGAGAGUUGCCUUCGUGCCAGAGCCAGCCCCUGGUGACACAGUGGGGGCCCCUCGCUGUUCCACUUGCCUGCAUAGUGAGCACGACAUGGCCCUGCCCUGCAUCGGGAGGCUGGUGGCAGUGAACAGCUUCACCAAGGCCAAGGUGCUGACGGCCAGCUCUACCCUCAAGUUCAUCCCGGAGGAGCUGGUCCUCUACUGCCGGGACUUCAGGGUGCUGCGUUUCCGCUUCUGCAACAGCGGCUUGGAGUCCCGGGCUUGUCAGGUGACGCUGGCCAUUGUGCAGGCUCAGGAGAGCAGCAGCGCCAGCGCGGGAACAUGGUACGACACUGGCGCUAUAAGGAACCUGGAGAACGCCUGGCUGAGCACGGAGGAGUCGUCGUCCCCCUCGACGCUGCUCUUCGAGAGGCCCUGUGACUGGGAGAAGGAGCUGAGGCGGCUCGGGGCUGCUGGCUGGAGGGUCAGCCCCGUCAACGAGCGCUUCGACAUGGCCACCAGCCUCCCCAAGUACCUCUGGGUCCCCAGCAGGCUCCUGGACAACGAGCUCAAGAGGGCCUUCGGCCACUUCAAUGCCAGGCGCAUCCCGAGGCUGUGCUGGCAUCACCCGGGAGGCAGUGACCUGCUGAGAGCCGCCGGCUUUCACGCCGAUUCAGACCCCGAGAAGGAAGACGUGAGGUCUGUGGAAGCGCUGAUGCUCGCUGGCCACGCCCAGUGCGUGAUAGUGGAGACAACCGCCGACCUGCCCAGCCCUGCAGAGAUCCAGCUGUCUUACCUCAAGCUUCGGGCCCUCUGCCUUCCUGACUCCUCUGUGGCCGAUGAGAAGUGGCUCUCUGCCCUGGAGGGGACGCGCUGGCUGGAGCAUGUGAGGGCUUGUGUGAGGAAAGCGUGCGAGGUGGCUGCCCUGCUGGCAGAGAGGUCCUGCUCCAUCAUGCUGCAAGAGUCAGACGACCGGGAUCUGAACUGCCUGCUGGCGUCCCUCAUCCAGGUCCUGUCGGAUCCCCACACCCGUACUCAGUCUGGGUUCCAGAGCCUGCUGCAGAAGGAGUGGGUGGUGGCAGGGCACCCCUUCCUCCAGCGCCUCAAUCUCCUCCGGGACAAUGACCGUGAGGAGUCUCCGGUGUUUCUGCUUUUCCUGGAUUGCGUGUGGCAGCUGCUUCAGCAGUUCUCAGCAUCCUUUGAGUUCACAGAGACAUACCUGAUAGCCCUCCAUGACAGCAGCUACAUACCCUUCUUCAGCACCUUUCUGUUUAACUGCCAAUGGGAGAGAGAUCGCAGGAAUCGGCACCGUGCCUCCAACCAGAUCUACGCGCCCGUCAACGGUUGGCGGGAACCCCCUCCCCUGGAGAUCCUGCAGAAGGGUGGCCGCCUGGCGAAGGAGAGAGGUGGUCCCUACUUGCCCACCAUCUGGGACUGGGCGCUGCGCUACACCGCCCAGCAGAGGGCGCAGUUCAGAAAUCCCGCCUACGCCAGAGGCAGCGGCAGCACCACUGUUCCAAAUGGCAAAUCUGCCCCACUAGGGGGCGAUAAGCUUGAAGCUGCCUUGUCUGGGAGCGGCACUAUGUACCUGUUUGCCAAGGGAGCCCUCUCGCCGCAGACCCACCUCUUCCCCUGGAAGAAUGGCUCGCUUUCCAAAAAGGGCUGGUGGCGGGCUCAGUCCUCAGAGAGCCUCAGCGAACAGGACCGGUCCUUGAGGAGCAGUCCCAGUGGCUGCCCCCUGCAGCCUGAGGGGCUGCUGCUUCCUGCCUCUGUGGGCCCCCUGAUCCGGCUCUGGAGAAGGUGUUACCUGCGGGGGAGCCAGGAAGUUCAGACUCCUUGUGCUUCCCACUGCUAUUGGGUGGAGCAGCAUAGCCUAGCAGACAGAGCACUGGCCUGGGACUCAGGAGAUCUGGUGGCUGUUCCUGGCUCUGCCACUGAUUCUCUAGGUCACCUUGGGCGAGUCAUCUAGUUUCUCUGUGCCUCAGUUCCCCUGUGUAAAAUGGGGAUAAUCCUGCCCUGUUUCACAGGGGGUUGUGAGGAUAAAUACGUCAUUAGUGGUUUCAUGGGGUCUGAUACCACAGUGAUGAGUGUCCAAUUAAAAACUGUAGAUUAGUAGCAAAUUACCUCUCUGUCGAAUCUGGGUGUGGGGACAGGCCAAGGAUGGUAAUGAAGAUAUACUUUGUGUGUCUCCUUUAGGUAGGUCAGUAUUAAUACCCCCUUGUGCAGAGGGGUAAACUGAGGCAAAGUGAAGGUGGCACAACAAGUCAGUUGCAAGAGAACCCGGGAGUCCUGAUUCCUGUAUUAAUUCUUGUUACGAGGGCGCCUGGAGAGCAGAGCCCUGUUGUGCUAGGUGCUGUCUGAACAGAUAACAGAGAGGGUCCCUGCAGAAUAGAGCUGGGCCCAGUUUUUUAGAUCCAGGGAGGCUGCAGCUGACCCAGCUGGGGGGUGGGGCAUAAGUACACAAACAUCGAAGAAACCUCUGGAAAGAGGGACCCAUAAAUAAGUGGUCGAUGAUGCCUUGUCACUUUCGGUUUCCUUAAAGAUUGUGAUUAGAAACAGACUUCCCUGGCUGAGCCUCCAGAGCACUACUGCACACUGGCCAUUCGCUAACUACUGAGGUGCUCCCUCUCCCAGCACAGCCUGCCGAGGGCAUCAAAUGUUCCUGGACAUAGGUGUUAGAACGUAGCACGGCUCUCUGGGGGGCAGGGGAACAUGGCUCUGGUUUGGCCACUGGCAUGGCUUAGAUCUCAUUAAUGAUCUCAAUCCGCCUGAGCCGGAAGACUCAAAAUCCCCGGCAGCUGGCCAGUGGGCUCGUGCCAGGCCUGGCUGCUCCGGUGAUUUGUGUAAAAUACUUUGUUAGUCUGUAUGGGAAAGGCUCAGGGCUGGAACAACUGGAGGGGCAUCGGUCGAGCAAGGUGUAUGGCAGGGACCGCAGGCCUGGGAUAGCAGCAUCUGCUGCAGGUCAGGAUAGACAGGUAUUGGUGGGUCUGCACCAGGCACCCAGCCUGCUGCAGGAUGGAGGGGCAUGAGCAGAGCUGUGUUAUCUGCCCGGAUUGUUCCAGCCAGGGCUGACUCGGGUUAGGAUACAGAGCUGUGCGGGGAGCUCGUCGGGUCCCCCUCAAGCCCUUGCACUAUAUUCGAGUCUCUCACUCGCCUCGUCACCUGCUCCAGGGCCUGGAGCUCACACCUAGCUGCUGCACGUGCUCCCGGUGUGGACUCAGCCAGCCCUGAGCCACCCUGACUGUCUGUCUCUGACUCUCCCCAUCAGCGGGGCCUCUUUGCCUCCACGCUCGGUGAACUCGCGGAGGAACUGGACCUGCUUCGAGGGCGACUGACAGGCGAGGGGACCUGCUAGGGUG